CAAGGCAUGAGGUAGACCGACACAAUGGCGGACGGCGUGGACAUCGAUUUGUAUGCAGAUAAUUUAGAGGAUGAUUUCCAUCAAGAUGCCGACUUCAAUGGUGGCGGAGUCGACCUCUAUGAUGAUGUCAUAACAUCACAUUCAACCUCACAAGACCAUUCCACAGAAGAGCAGCACCACCCUCAGUCAGAUGGUCAAGAGACCAAACCUCGUGUGCCUGCAGGGACAACAGCUUACACAGGGAAAAGAGUGUCACUUUAUGUGGGCAAUAUGACCUGGUGGACCACAGAUCAAGAUCUGACUGAUUGUAUCACAAGUUUAGGAAUCACAGACCUCCUGGAAAUUAAAUUUUAUGAAAACAGAGCUAAUGGACAGUCUAAAGGGUUUGCUGUGGUAACUUUUGGGUCUGACUCAUCUUCACGUAUAGUAAUGGAGAAGCUCCCCAGGAAGGACCUCCACGGCCAGGCCCCCGUGGUGACCCACUGCAAUAAACACAACCUGUCUCAGUUUGAGAACCAGUCGCGGAAACCAGAUGCUUCUCCUAGCCAGGACAGAGACAGGGACAGAGACAGAAAUGACAACAGAGACCGAGAUCGCGACAGAGAUAGGGACAGAGGUUACCAGGAUAACCGAGGUCCUCCAGGCAGGAAUCACCCCCAGGGAGGUGGUGGGCGCGGGCGUGGCAACCCCUACCCACCCAGGGGGCAGAGGCCAGCAGGACCCCCAGGUCCCCAGGGACCACCCCCUGGAGCUCCAGGAGGACCACCACCACCACAUUUUGGAGGCCCCCCACGCCCUGGCCCCCCUGGUCCCCAGGGCCCCCCUCCCCCAGGAAUGCAGGGUGGACCUCCCCAUAGACAACAAGGGCCUCCACCAGGAAUGGUUCCCCGUGGUCCCCACCCAGGGGGAAUGAGAGGCCCAACCCCACAAGACCCCAGAGCUGGCCCACCACGGCCCGAGUGGGACAGACCCCCUGUUGGCUAUAUACCACAACAUGCACGGCCAAUCCAACCAGUGACAUCUUCUAUUUCCUAUCCAGUGGGUCCACAGCCGGGCGUUCCCCCACAAAUGCCUCCAUUUCAAGCAGCCCCAGGACCUGUUCCUCCCCCUGGCCACCACCCACCCCCAGCUGGACAUCCUGGUGGACCCCCUGGACAUCUGGGACCCCCUGGACACCCAGGGAUGAUGCCCCCUAGAAUGGGACCCCCUCAGAAUGCUCCUCCACAUGCUGGCCCUCCGCCCCCCGGACACCCAGGGGCACCCCCUCCAGGACACCCCUACUCAGGGCACCCCCCACCAGGACAAGGGGGCCCUCCACCAGGCCAUUCAGCCCCCCCGGCACCACAUGUGAACCCAGCCUUCUUCCCCCCAGGACAGGCACCGCCCCACCCACAGGGAGGACCUGCGCCCCCUCAUUCCCAGCCACAUGAUCCAUACGGUCGUCCCCCAGUGUCCUACCCCUCGGACCCCGCAUACAGACCGUCAGAGCCAGCUUUCAGGCCUUCUCCACAAGAGAGAAUGUUUAUAAGCUUAGAAAGUGUCUUUUUGGAAGGGUGGGUGCCUUGGUUUGUGCCUAACAGUGCACACUCUCCAUUUCAAGCAGCCCCAGGACCUGUUCCUCCCCCUGGCCACCACCCACCCCCAGCUGGACAUCCUGGUGGACCCCCCGGGCAUCUGGGACCCCCUGGACACCCAGGGAUGAUGCCCCCUAGAAUGGGACCCCCUCAGAAUGCUCCUCCACAUGCUGGCCCUCCACCCCCCGGACACCCAGGGGCACCCCCUCCAGGACACCCCUAUUCAGGGCACCCCCCACCAGGACAAGGGGGCCCCCCACCAGGCCAUUCAGCCCCCCCAGCACCACAUGUGAACCCAGCCUUUUUUCCCCCAGGACAGGCACCGCCCCACUCACAGGGAGGACCUGCGCCCCCUCAUUCCCAGCCACAUGAUCCAUAUGGUCGUCCCCCAGUGUCCUAUCCCUCAGACCCCGCAUACAGACCGUCAGAGCCAGCUUUCAGGCCUUCUCCACAAGAGAGACCCCCAGCAAGUCAGAGACAUGAGCCCCCGGCACCUCAGCUUAAUGAGCAGGAGUUUGAAGAAAUUCUCGCCCGUAACAAGACAGUUUCAAGCAGUGCCAUUUCCAGAGCAGUGCAAGAUGCUAGUGCAGGAGAGUAUGCAAGUGCUAUAGAAACCUUGGUGACUGCCAUUUCCCUGAUCAAACAGUCGAAGAUUGCUAACGAUGACAGGUGCAAAAUACUGAUCAGUUCACUUCAGGAUACGCUGCAUGGUAUUGAGGCCAAGUCCUACGGUUCCAAGGAACGCAGCAGCACAUCUAAGGAGCGCAGGUCAAGAUCUAGAUCACGAGAUCGCGACAGAGACCGCGAUAAGCGCAGUCGCCAUAGAAGCAGAGAGAGAGAAUACAGGGAGAGGAGCCGAGAUCGCAGUACCAGUCACUACGAUGAGCGGCACCGUGAGAGAGAGCCAGAUAGAGAGAGGGACAGGGAAUAUCGCAGAAGUUCUCGUCACUGAGUGGAAAGAGAGGCCUGUCAUACAUGUCAUAUUCCCUGCAGUCAAUGUAUAUAAUAUCUACGUGUAGCCAAGAGAGCACCUGCUUAUAUUUCAUUAUUAGAAAGAAUUAUUAAGAGUUUUAUAUAGAGAGAAAAUGAGCUAGACUCUGUUGUAACAAUUUUUAAGGAUGACCAUGUAGUGUGCUGUAUCUGUGAAAAAAAGAAAAAAACUAUUAUUCUGUAAAUGAUCAAAGGUUUGGAAAUUUACGAAGACUGGAGGAAAAGGAAAAGACAGAAAGAAUGAAGAUAAACAUUGGAAAAGAAGAGGAUUAUGGACCAAGGAAGCAAGGAAAGAUUGGGAUUUUAGAUCACUAAAUAUUUCUUUUAAUUAUUCAAUUUUUGUGAAAGAAUUGACAUAGUAAAUAGAUGUUAGUAAAACUGUGUUCUUGUUUCUUUAAAAAAAAAUGAUGAUUAUAAUUGACUUGUGUUGUCCUUGUUGCCGAUUUUGAGAUUUUAAAAAUCUUUUACUAUUGAUUUGGGAGAAAAUAUCAAAAGCUAUGAACUGGAAGUGGCCGGACUUCUGCUACAGUUAUGAGUAAUUGUGAACAGUUUCCAGUCCCAUUACUAACAAAUAUGAAAGGAUGAAACUGGGUUGAAUAUUGAUUCUGUAAUUACUGGUGUCUUGUAAAUCAUGUGUUGAGAAUGGGCACCAAUUAAAAUCUAAAAAACUGGUUAUGAUAUUAACCUAAAAGUAUUUGGUGUAUAUGAAACCUUUUCAAAACAUGACGUAUGAAAAUAAUUUGAACAAUGUCUAAUGAGCUGGGGAUAGUGCGUUUAAUAUUCAGCGUAGAAGCGAAAAGAGAAAUAACUGUACUUCUGCCAUGAUACAAGUAUCACGUCAUAACAGUUAGUCUUUAGCAACCCCCGACUGCAUGCAUUAUUCAAUUGCAAGCACUUACUGCACUUAUUUGUACAUAUAUGAUGUUUGUUCACUAUGUAUGUGAAAUGUAUGUCUUUGAUAAAUAUGUGUUGAACAGGUUUGAUGGUAAAGAUGAAGGUAACUAUCCAGAUUUUUUUUAUCCUCGUCUUCUUGGCUAAAUGUGUCCCUCUUAAACCAGUUACUGUAACAAUUUGAAACCAGCUGUUUUAGGCA